GUUCCGGAGGUAACGUUAUCCUUGGUGAUGGUGGAGUGUGUCGUUAGCCUGAAGAAGUCAGCUGCUCGGCCGAGGCCUAAGGUUCUUGACUGCCUUGCCAUUUUCCAGUGAUGUGAAGACCAAAGACAAAUGGACAAGAAAAGUGAAAUGCAUUCCAUUAACAUAUCUGUGGAGGGAAUGACCUGCAACUCAUGUGUACAGACCAUUGAGCAACAGAUUGGAAAGUUACAAGGGGUCUGCAAAAUAACGGUCUCACUUGAAAACCAUAAUGCUGCUGUUAUGUACAAUCCAGAGUUCCAGACCCCAGAGUCACUGCAGGAAGCAAUCGAUGACAUGGGAUUUGAAGCUACAUUGAAUGCAAGUCCAUUGGUAAUCCCUCAAGACUCGCCCUUUCUCAGUAACAAGAGGGAACUCGCUUCUCAGCCUGGCCAGCAGGUUGUAAGCCAAAUGCCUGCUACUAAUGCCACAGUGAGAAAUAGGUUAUUUGAUGAAAAUGAUUCAGCCUUCACCUUUAUCCCCACCACACCAAGUGUUAAAGAGGAAAUCGUUGACUUAAAGGUGGACAGUUCUUCAGUGGGAAAAAAGUUGUCAAUGAUUGAAGACACUUCGUCCAUCCAAGGCAGUGAAAUGGUGGUAAAGAUGAGAGUUGAAGGAAUGACUUGUCAUUCCUGUUGCAGCACGAUUGAAGGCAAGAUUGGGAAGCUACAAGGUGUUCAGCGCAUUAAAGUUUCUUUGAAUAGUCAGGAAGCCACAAUUGUGUACCAAGCCCACCUCAUCACACCAGAGGACCUCAGGACUCAAAUCGAAACUGCUGGAUUUAAUGCCACAAUCAAAACCAAGGCCAAACCUUUGAAGCUUGACCUUAACAUUGAACGUCUAAUAAAUGCAACUCAGGUGACCAAACCCGAGCCACAGGAGGUGACGAACAGACUGACAAACUUGAUCCUUAGAAUAGAUGGCAUGCACUGUAAUUCCUGUGUAACGAACAUAGAGAGUAACUUGUCAGAACUUCCAGCUGUACACAACAUCAAGGUUUCUUUGGAAUCCAAGAGUGCCACAAUACAGUACGACUCAGCCAUCAUUACUCCAAAUGCCUUAAAGCGGGCUAUUGAAGCCUUGCCACCUGGGAAUUUCAAAGUUUCACUUCCUAAUGAAUGUUAUGAUAACAUGUCUUCGCUCGGUGUUACUGAGCAUCCUUUAGUAACUUCACCACAACUUCGUACCUUGGAUUCGCGGAAGCAUCGGUUGAGCCAUGUGACGGUGAUUAAUAUUAAAGGAAUGGUUUGUGAUUCUUGUGUAAAAACUAUCGAAGAAAAUAUUUCAAACAAAAGUGGAGUGAUCUCAAUUCAUGUUUCUCUUGCACAACACAAUGGAACUGUGGAGUAUGAUCCUCUAUUUACCAAUCCUGAGGAACUGAAGGAGAUGAUUGAUGAUAUGGGAUUUGAUGCCAUUCUUCCUGCAAGUAACGAACCUGCAGUGUUACCAACAGAAGUUUUGCCCAAAGUAUCUGUUAAAGGGAAAAGCAUGAGGAAUGGGCUAUGUGAAACUGGGAUGGUGGCAAUGAAAGGAGAGAUGCAGGAGUUGAGCAUUCCUCAGCAGAACGCAGAAGCUCCAGUGCCAGAAAAAUGCUUUAUUCAGAUUACUGGCAUGACCUGUGCAUCAUGUGUGGCUAACAUUGAGAGGAACUUGAAGCAGGAAGAUGGAAUAUAUUCUGUAUUGGUUGCAUUAAUGGCUGGAAAGGCAGAAGUGAGGUAUAAUCCAGGUAUCGUAAAGCCCCCCGAUAUUGCAGACUUAAUAAAGGAACUGGGCUUUGGAGCCUCUGUACUGGAGGACUAUGAUGGAUCAGAUGGUCAGUUGGAACUUGUUGUGAGAGGAAUGACUUGUGCCUCAUGUGUUCAUAAUAUUGAGUCAACACUUAUGAAAACCAAAGGUAUACUUUAUACAUCAGUGGCGCUUGCAACCAAUAAAGCUCACAUCAGAUUUGAUAAAGAGUGCAUUGGCCCUCGUGAUGUCAUCAAAUGCAUUGAGGAUUUGGGCUUUGAAGCGUCCUUAGUCAAAAGAGAUCGUUCUGCUAGCCACUUGGAUCAUAGAGAAGAAAUCAGACGAUGGAGGAGAUCCUUCUUCGUCAGUUUAUUUUUUUGCAUUCCUGUGAUGAUCAUGAUGAUUUACAUGAUAUUUGUAGACCAUGCAUUCUACAAAAGCCAUCAGAAUAGCUCGACACCUGAUGAGCUUGAAAAACACCAUGCCUCAAUGUUUCUGGAACGACAGCUCCUUCCAGGGCUUUCCAUUAUGAAUUUGCUGUCCUUCAUACUCUGUGUUCCAGUUCAGUUUGUAGGUGGAUGGUAUUUCUAUAUCCAAGCAUACAAAGCACUCAAGCACAAAACUGCCAACAUGGAUGUGCUGAUAGUUCUAGCUACAACAAUUGCUUUCUUAUAUUCCUGUGUCAUUCUUGCCAUUGCUAUGGCAGAAAAGGCCAAAGUGAAUCCCAUAACUUUCUUCGAUACACCUCCGAUGCUGUUUGUCUUCAUUGGUUUGGGUCGGUGGCUUGAGCACAUUGCUAAGAGCAAAACAUCAGAAGCGCUUGCGAAGCUGAUGUCAUUGCAGGCAACUGAGGCCACGAUAGUGAAGAUAAACGAGGACCAUUCCAUUUUAAGUGAAGAGCAAAUUGAUGUGGAGUUGGUACAACGAGGCGAUAUUGUAAAAGUGGUCCCAGGUGGUAAAUUCCCUGUUGAUGGCAGAGUGAUUGAAGGUCAUUCGUUGGCUGAUGAAUCUCUGAUCACUGGUGAAGCAAUGCCAGUCACUAAAAAAUUGGGGAGCAGUGUCAUUGCAGGCUCCAUUAAUCAGCAUGGAGCUCUAUUGAUUGAAGCUACUCAUGUUGGAUCUGAAACCACUCUCUCUCAGAUUGUGAAACUUGUAGAAGAAGCUCAAACAUCUAAGGCCCCUAUUCAACAGUUUGCAGAUAAGCUGAGUGGAUACUUCGUCCCAUUUAUCGUUGGAGUUUCUGUUGUUACUCUGAUUGCCUGGGUUAUCAUUGGAUUUUUAAAGUUUAACCUUGUGGAAGAAUAUUUCCCUGGUUACAACAAAAGCUUGUCUCAACCUGAGGUGAUUGUGCGUUUUGCAUUCCAAGCCUCGAUUACUGUCCUUUGCAUUGCGUGCCCCUGUGCAUUGGGAUUGGCAACACCUACUGCAGUAAUGGUGGGAACAGGAGUCGGUGCACAAAAUGGUAUCCUCAUUAAAGGAGGGGAGCCACUGGAAAUGGCACACAAGAUAAAUACUGUUGUUUUUGAUAAAACUGGAACAAUCACUCAUGGAACGCCCAGAGUGAUGAACCUGAAGAUACUGUCAGAGAGUAAUUACAUAUCACAGACAAGGCUGUUGGCCAUUGUUGGUACUGCAGAAACCAACAGUGAACAUCCAUUGGGUGUAGCAGUAACGAAGUACUGUAAGCAGGAACUAGGCUCAGAUGAGCUUGGCUCAUGUUCAGACUUUCAAGCAGUUGCUGGCUGUGGCAUCAUGUGCAAAGUCUCCAACAUUGAGUCACUACUAAAUAAAAAGAAUCUUGAGGUUGAACAGAACAUGGUGCUGAUACAGAUCAAUCAGAAAAGCAGCGAUGAUGGCUCACCACAUUCUUCAAUCAAAGAGGCUCAAUCAGGAAGGAAAUCACAGAUCUUUUCGGUGCUCAUUGGAAAUCGUGAAUGGAUGAAAAGGAAUGGUCUACAUAUCAAUAAUGACGUGGACAGUUGCAUGAUAGAGCACGAAAGUCAGGGACAUACAGCGGUGCUAGUCUCUGUAGAUGGGGUACUUUGUGGAAUGUUAGCAAUUGCAGACACUGUGAAGCCAGAAGCAGAUUUGGCUGUCUACACACUCAACAGUAUGGGACUGGAAGUGGUCCUCAUGACUGGAGACAACAGUAAAACAGCAAGGGCUAUUGCUGCUCAGGUUGGCAUCACCAAAGUGUUUGCUGAAGUCCUUCCCUCACACAAAGUAGCCAAAGUGGAACAGCUGCAGAAGCAAGGGAAGAUUGUGGCAAUGGUGGGUGAUGGUGUGAAUGAUUCCCCAGCACUGGCAAUGGCUGACAUUGGAAUUGCGAUUGGUACAGGGACUGACGUAGCCAUUGAAGCAGCGGAUGUUGUUUUGAUUCGGAAUGAUCUACUUGACGUAGUGGCAAGUAUUCAUUUGUCCAAAAAGACUGUCCAGCGAAUUCGGAUAAAUUUUGUGUUUGCUUUAAUUUAUAAUAUUGUCGGUAUUCCCAUAGCAGCUGGGGUUUUCUUACCUGUGGGACUGAUAUUACAACCAUGGAUGGGAUCUGCUGCGAUGGCAGCAUCAUCUGUUUCUGUGGUACUUUCUUCUCUAUUAUUAAAGCUUUACAAGAAACCUAAUUCUGCCAGGUUGGAGAAUCGAGCUUGGAAUCGCAUGAAGCAGAAAUCGCUGUCUGACAUCAGUGUGCAUAUUGGUAUGGGUGAAGCGAGGCGGGAGUCACCAAAGCUAAGCCUAUUGGAUCGAGUAGUUCACUACAGCCGAGUCUCCAUUAAUUCGCUGAGGUCUGAAAGGCGAUCCAUGACUAACAUUCCUUUACAUGAUCCAGACAAAAACAAUCUCCUUUUGGGAAAAGAUGAGGAUGAUGCAGUUUGAGCAUAGCCUUACUGUUUGCAACAGAUUGGCAAUAUCUGUUCUCCCGACUACAGUGUCUUCUGAACCUCUAUAUCUCAGAUAUACGGCGACCACGGAAGUGCAGAGGAUGCGCAGAUAUAUGUUUUAUUAUGAUGUAGUUUACUUGCUACACUGUUAUAUAAUUGUAAUUUAUCCUUUUUUGCAAUCUCUAUUUUUUUAAACAUCUCUUCAGGCUCCUCAUCUCUCCUCUUGCACGCAGGAGGAAAAAGCGGUUUUAAAUUAGUUUCCUCAUUGUUCUGCAUGCAUAAAUCACAAAUCCUCCAUGACCAUCCAACAAGAAUUCUGAUGGUCAUGAUGCAUAUCAGUUUUUCUUGCUUUCACACACAACUGAAUCUCCAACUAGUAUGCGACUGUGAAGCCUUGCACCAUUUGAGUGAUUGGACUGAAUUCCAACAUCUUCAGUUGUGUGAAAUGUGUUUAACCACUUUCAUCAUUUUGAAAUGGUGCCUGUGGUACCCCUUUUUAUUUAGUCGAGACCAAAUUCAUCAUUUGAGCUGAUUACUAACUAUUCCAAAUUUCCAUGUCCUUGUGUUCUUCUGUUAAAUAAAGGGCAAUGCAAUAUGUAGGACAAGCCAAAGACACCUCUGGUAUCCCAGAUUCUGUAGUAAUGGCUGAAUCUGAUAAACGGGUGCAUGGUGUAAUUAACCAAACAUUGCAAACACACGACAUGAUCGAGAACCGCAACUGAAUAGUGAGUUCUAUUUUUCUGGCGAACUUACACUUUUGCUGUGAUCUUAAAUGACAUCUUAAUAUUGAGAUUGAAGGAAGUGCAAAAUGCUGGAUGUAUUUUAUGAAAAGUUAUGGAGUAGAUAGUUAACUAUUUUAAAAAUGCUGAUUCGCAUUUUUUGUUGAUUCUUACUCUGAGCUGUGCAGCUCCGUCAUUUAUGUUGAAAAGAAAACUGAAUAUAAUUGAUACUAAACAUAGCCUUGUCCUUCUGCCUCACCGCCAGCAGCACCCUGUCCUCCAUCCCCCUUUUCUUUUAUGAAAAGCUUUCUUAUUGAUGCCUGGAGUAGUUGGGUUUUUUUUGUUUAUUUUUAAAUAAACCGGCCAAUCUUUGUUGUCUGGUUUGUUACAGAGAGAGUUAACUCUACAAUUUUUCCACAAUUGAUUUUUAUGGAAUUGGAUGAGUUGCUCUUGCCCUUCCCAGCUGCUUCAUGAAUCACUUUUGGCAACCAAGGAAUAAUGGCAGCUUAAUUCUAGAGAGAAAAAUCCAAAGUUUGGAAGUUUACUUGUCACUUAGGGUAAAAGUUUGUUUUUAUUGUACUUCAAAUUAGUUUUAUAUAUCCUUAACACUGCAGUUGUAUCAUGGAAUACAGAUGCAACAAUGAAGUGUCUGAAGUAUCACAAUCAAGUGCUUUAUCUUCAGUUUUGUAGAAAAAUUAAAAGCCUAAACAUUUCUUCCUAAAGAAAUGAACUAAUUCAGCUCGUCAAUGAGAGUGUAAUGUUGAAAGUCCUGUAGUUCAAUGUUAUUGUAACCUGUGUCUCCCUGUUAAAAUAUUAGGUCACUCCAGGUUUGUAUAUAAAAUGAUGUGUCAUUAAUAGUAGAACUUCUAGAAAAUCACAGUUCAAUCUGAAUUUCAUGCCAGCUGCAUUGUUAUCUUUUUAUGUCACAUGGUUCAACUAGUUUUAAGUUAUGCUGUCAUUGUGAAAAGUGAACAGAUUGUCUCCUGCAUUUCCUUUUCCACAAGUGCUGACUUUGAACUGGGACAUAGAAAUGACAGGUCUUUGGUACCUCACCAAUAUAGUUAUUCCAAGUUACAAGCCUAAACAUUGUCUGACGACCAAGACCAGUUGACCCCACUCCUACUAUAAUGUAAUAUCUACAUAGACCUUUCACAGCCGAAACGAUUGAAUAAUGUUCAGGUGAAGCAGUUUUUCCAGACUUGCAGCCAGAAAUGCUUGCACCAUUCUGUGCAACUCUAAAUAACAUGACCUAAUUCAUUAAAAACCAAGACUGAAUCCAAGAUCUGACUGACUGGACUAACUUUAAAAAAAUCAUUGGAUAUCAAAUUUAUCCACUGAAUUACCAUUGCAGAAAUGUUGAUAGCAGGCUGCAUCUUUAUGCAAGAGACUGAGCUUCAGCAGAUGGUAAAUAUUACUGUCCCAUAAUUAUUGAGAUAUUCAGUAUUUUUGUCUUCUCCAUAAGCUAUAGACUUUAAUAGAUGUUUUAGGUCUUAAUUUUGUGACAGUUGCUAAUUCUACAAGAUUAAACGGCAAUAUGUAACUAAUUUUAAGCAGAAGUAAAUUAAUUUUCUAGUGGAAGGAAAAGAAUUCACAAAUUUAUUUAUUAUUUUACAAAUCAGUUCCAGUCAUUUAAGGUUUGCGCCAAUAUUUAAAGUAUAGAUGCAAUGUUAAUUUCAUUGCCACAAUCAAUAAUAAUUGACAUUUUGAUGAUUUAAGAUGGUGAGAAAUUCCCAGUGUCCUUGGGAGCUCAACUUGCUUUUUAUCCUCUCACUUCAUAAUGGGGAAAAUAAUUGGGUAGAGAAGAGAAAUUUACGAAAAUAUAUUUAAAUCUCCAACAAAUGAACAAGUUAAAAUACAAGUUAGAAAUGGUGGAAAAUGAAAUGAAUGAUUUUAUAUUUGUGAAAUCGAUCUUUUUCUGUCUGAAAUGAUUGAAAUUAGAAAAUGGCAAAAAGAGCAAUUUUGGUGUUAAUAUUGAUGUGGUCUCUUUUCCUGAUCAUGUCUUAGUGGAAACAUGUUUUGGCCAAAAUUAGAGGGCAUUUAUGAAGAGAUUUUGUUUGAAUGCAGAAAUGAUUAAUGUUGCAUCCAAGAUGGCAAUAGAGCAGAUGAUGUUGUAUGGACAAGCUGUUGUACUAAUAAUACAUUGUUGUCCUAUUGUUGACUCCAUUAACUACAUAUAUGAACUUUGUUCUUGGCCUUUUUAAGCAACAGGGUCUGAAGGCCCGGCUUGGUUUCUAGUCCCUUUAUGUGAAUAUGAGGCUAUUUUCCAUCCGUACAUCAAUGUAUCAAAGGCAGUUUGAUAAAUUAGUACAUUUGCCUCAGUUAUACUUGGCAAAGGUCCUUGCCUCCAAUCUGCUUUUGUACGUGUUAAGAUUUACCUAUUAAGGAAAAUGCUUUCAGCUACAGCAUGCAUGACAUUAGUGCUAAAACCUCCAGUCAACUUCACUUUGUAUCCUUGGUCCCUGCUGCAGUGUAAGAGCAGUUGGAAGGCUAAUCUGCCAAACUUAGCUCAACUGUCAAGGAAAAAAACCUACUGUCCCUCAUCAUAACAUCCAACUAUCUCAAAUGACUGCAGGAAUUUUGACUCUAGUAUUUACCUUUAGAGCUUUCCAUGCACUUAAAAUAUUAAUGCUAGUUCCAAAUUUGCCCUCCACUAAUUUGAACUUUGUCACUUUCUUCUUUGUAAACAGACCUCAGCAUAUUGUACUGGGCUUCUUUACCUUUGUAUUUACUUAUUCCUACGUAACAUUGUGUUUUAAAGGCUAAAGAAAGCAAUUCACUCAAAAUAGUACUUAUGCAUAUAUUGACGUGCAAGGGAAAUUUAAUUUGUUUCUUUGUAGGAGCAAAUGCUGAGUUAAUGGGCCACUGAAUAAGUUCUGAAUGAAUUUAUUUACAACUUGACACUUUAUUUUUUUUUAUCUCCAAGGUUCAAAGAGCUAACAACUCCAUCACACUCCCUAUCAAAAUCUGUGGUCAAGUUUGCACAAAUGUGAAUGUAACAGGACUGAUUCCAGAUUUCUAUUUCCUGAUUUAUAUUUUUUUUGGUUUAAUGAUUUCAUUUGACAUAGCUGAUUCAAGCUCUUCCCGAAUGCUUUCCCAAUGAUCUGAACAAACCAAGACACCAAUGAAUCAUCAAAAAAUAAAUCAUUUGUCCUAUUUCAGAACAGGACAGGCUCAAUAUCUAAGAUGUAAAGUUCUCAUCCUGAAAUGAGUUUAAAAUUCUUAAUUAUUGUGCAAUUCAAUUAAUAUUGUUAUUGUUGAACUUAUUUAUGUACUCAAAUAAUAAAGCUACAACGGUCUUAAGAAG